UUAGAAGAGACCAGAGGAAAUGCAUCUCAAGUACACCAAUUAGUAGGUAUGAGAGGAUUAAUGUCGGACCCUCAAGGACAAAUGAUUGAUUUACCUAUUCAAAGCAAUUUACGCGAGGGACUUUCUUUGACAGAAUAUAUAAUUUCCUGCUAUGGAGCCCGCAAAGGGGUUGUAGAUACUGCUGUGCGAACAGCAGAUGCUGGAUAUCUUACACGUAGACUUGUUGAAGUAGUUCAACAUAUUAUUGUGCGUAGAAGAGAUUGUGGUACUAUCCGAGGUAUUUCUGUAAGUCCUCAAAAUGGGAUGACGGAAAAACUUUUUGUCCAAACACUAAUUGGUCGUGUAUUAGCAGACGAUAUAUAUAUCGGUUCACGAUGCAUUGCCGCGCGAAAUCAAGAUAUUGGAAUUGGAUUAGUCAAUCGAUUCAUAACUGCCUUUCGAGCACAACCAUUUCGAGCACAACCAAUAUAUAUUAGAACCCCCUUUACUUGCCGAAGCACUUCUUGGAUCUGUCAAUUAUGCUAUGGCCGGAGUCCUACUCAUAGUGAUCUGGUCGAAUUGGGAGAAGCCGUAGGUAUUAUUGCAGGUCAAUCAAUUGGGGAGCCAGGGACUCAACUAACAUUAAGAACUUUUCAUACUGGCGGAGUAUUCACAGGGGGUACUGCCGACCUUGUACGAUCCCCUUCGAAUGGAAAAAUAAAAUUCAAUGAGAAUUUGGUUCACCCCACACGUACCCGUCAUGGGCAGCCUGCUUUUCUAUGUUAUAUAGACUUGCAUGUAACUAUUCAGAGUCAAGAUAUUCUAUAUAGUGUGAAUAUUCCCUCAAAAAGCUUGAUUCUAGUGCAAAAUGAUCAAUAUGUAAAAUCCGAACAAGUAAUUGCGGAGAUUCGUGCCGGAACGUCCACUUUACAUUUUAAAGAAAGGGUACAAAAGCAUAUUUAUUCUGAAUCAGACGGCGAAAUGCACUGGAGUACUGAUGUUUACCAUGCGCCCGAAUAUCAAUAUGGUAAUCUUCGCCGAUUACCAAAAACAAGCCAUUUAUGGAUAUUGUCAGUAAGUAUGUGCAGAUCCAGUAUAGCGUCUUUUUCACUCCACAAGGAUCAAGAUCAAAUGAAUACUUAUGGUAAAAAAGAUAGGGAAAUUCUUGAUUAUUCAACGUCGGAUCGAAUCAUGUCCAAUGGCCAUUGGAAUUUUAUCUAUCCUUCUAUUUUUCAAGAUAAUUCAGAUUUGUUGGCGAAAAAGCGAAGAAAUAGGUUCGUCAUUCCAUUACAAUAUCAUCAAGAACAAGAGAAAGAACUAAUAUCCUGUUUUGGGAUUUCGAUUGAAAUCCCCCUUAUGGGUGUUUUACGUAGAAAUACUAUUUUUGCUUAUUUUGACGAUCCCCGAUACAGAAAAGAUAAAAAGGGUUCAGGAAUUGUUAAAUUUAGAUAUAGGACCCUAGAAGAAGAAUAUAGGACUCGAGCGGAAGACUCAGAAGAGGAAUAUGAGACCCUAGAAGACGAAUACAGGACCCGAGAGGACGAAUAUGAAUAUGAAACCCUAGAAGAAUCUAAAUAUGAAUCCUAGAAGACGA